CCACCCAUUCCAUUCCGUCCUCCCCAAUCCUCUCGUAUCAUCACCCUCGUCGCCUCGUCGUCGUCGUCAUCAUCCUUCCUCCCAUGUCAUGCAACGCAGCGUGCGGAGCGACACAAUCACAGCCACGGCGAGCACUCUACAUAUCCAUUCCCUGACCACAGCGAUCACACCUCACCGACGACCGAGCUGACCAUAGCUGCCACGAGCUCUGCUAGCCCUCACGUGUGCAGCUGAUCAGCCGAUCGACUAGCUCUCUACUCGACGGGACAGCCUGACCCGAGCCGGGGGGCAAGGUCCGCGGCUGGGGGUGAGCACGGCGCCCAUGGCCGCCGCCGGGUGCGAGCGACGACGCUGCGCCUGCGCGGCCGUCGUCGUCGUCCUGAUGUUCGCCGCGUCCGUCUCCGCGGCGGGCGGCGCCGCGGACGGGUUCAUAACGUGGGACGACCUCAGCAUCCCGGCCGCCGCCGUGGCCGCGCCGGGCGGCGUGUCUGAAGGCGCCAUGGGCGGCGGCGGCGCCGUGAAGGCCAGGGCGCGCCACGACCUGGAGACGAUCGUGGUGUCGCAGGACGGGACGGGGCACUCGCGCACCGUGCAGGGCGCCGUCGACAUGGUGCCCGCCGGCAACCGGCGCCGGGUCAAGAUCCUCGUCAGGCCCGGCGUGUACAGGGAGAAGGUGACGGUGCCGAUCACGAAGCCGUUCGUGUCGCUCAUCGGCAUGGGCACCGGGCGAACGGUGAUCACGUGGAACGCCAGGGCGUCGGACAUCGACCGCUCCGGCCACCAGGUCGGCACCUUCUACUCCGCCUCCGUCGCCGUCGAGGCCGACUACUUCUGCGCCAGCCACAUCACCUUCGAGAACUCCGCGCCGGCGGCGCCGCCGGGGGCGGUUGGGCAGCAGGCGGUGGCGCUGCGGCUGUCCGGCGACAAGACCAUGCUGUACAGGUGCAGGAUCCUGGGGACGCAGGACACGCUGUUCGAUAACAUCGGCCGGCACUACCUCUACAACUGCGACAUCCAGGGAUCCAUCGAUUUCAUUUUUGGGAACGCAAGGUCCCUGUACCAGGGGUGCACGCUGCACGCGGUGGCGACGAGCUACGGCGCGAUCGCGGCGUCGCAGCGGAGCUCGCCGACGGAGGACUCCGGGUUCUCCUUCGUGGGGUGCAGGCUCACCGGCUCCGGCAUGCUGUACCUGGGCAGGGCGUGGGGCCGGUACGCCCGGGUGGUCUACUCCUACUGCGACCUCAGCGGCAUCGUCGUGCCCCAGGGCUGGAGCGACUGGGGCGAUCGGACAAGAACAAAGACGGUGCUGUUCGGGGAGUACAGCUGCAAGGGUCCAGGGGCGAGCACGAGGCAGCGGGUGCCUUGGUCCCGGGCGCUCACCUAUGAGGAGGCGCGGCCGUUCCUCGGCCGGAGCUUCAUCAACGGCGAGGAGUGGCUCAGGCUGUAGAUCCAUCCUGCGGCCGUUCCUCAGUCGGAGCUUCGUCGAUGGCGAGCAAUGGCCUAAGCUGUAGAUCCUGCAAGUUCUUCACACUCCUCUGUUCAGUCUUCUUCAGUGCAGAUAAUGUACCUAGCAAGCAGCUUAGUCAGUAGACAAGUACGGUGUACCAUAUACUACCAUGUAACAAACCUGACACGUCCAUAUAUGUGGUGAGAUACUGCGAU